ACAAGGCUAUAAAUAGACACAGUGAGUGUUCUUGGGCAGACUCACUGUGUGCAUGUAGUGUGUGCAUGUAUCUUUAAGAAUUCAGCUGUAAUAUGAGCUACAUAUAGCAGAGAGAGAGAGAGAGAGACAGAGACACACACACCAACACCCUCCAUCGUUUCUGUAAUCGAGCGUCGAGCUGCCUGAUCUGCACCCCUGGCUGCACGUUUCAUGUGCGGAUGGGAUUGGCGGUAAACACCGCAGUAAAGCUGGUGGUAGAGGAGGACACGGAGCUCCAGUUGUUAGCAGCGUGUGUGUGUGUGUGUGGAGCAAAGAAGCAAAGAGGCCGGGCUUCGUCUUGUUUAUCCUAAAAAAAUGCCUCUCCAUGACUGUGGCUUUGACUCAACACCACACACAGCUUCACUAUCGACCCUGGAAGCCAUAACCAGCUGAGAGGAGAGAGGCGAGAAAUCAUCUUAAUGAACGUCACAAGUGGGGUUGGGUGGCCAUGGACCCAUUCAGCCUGCUCAUUCUCACCAUCUCGGUGACCAGUUUCUUCACCUUCCAGUGGCUCUUCCACACAGUCAGCCCCUGGAUGUCGAUACGCAUCAGCCGCGGCUUCCUCAGCCUCAGUGACAAGCAGAAGGUGGAAUGGAACUCAAGGACGGUGUCAACGUUUCACGCACUGUUGGUGGGAAUCUUCUGUCUCUACAUCUUGUUCUUUGAUGAUCCCGUCAAUGAAGACCCAGUCUGGGGAGAUCCCACACUGGUGAAGACUAAUGUUGCCAUCACAACAGGCUACCUCAUAUCUGAUCUGCUGCUAAUAUUUUACUAUUGGAAGGCGAUAGGCGACAAGUUUUUUGUAGUUCACCAUCUGGCAGCGUUGUAUGCUUACUACUAUGUACUGGGCGAAGGAAUGUUGCCUUAUUUUGCUAACUUCCGUCUGCUCGCUGAGUUUUCUACACCAUGUGUGAACCAGCGCUGGUUCUUUGAGGUACUAGGUUAUCCCAAGUCCUCCCGGCCCAACAUGGCUAAUGGCGUCGCCAUGGCAGUAGUCUUUUUCAUGGUCCGCAUCGCCGUCAUGCCGGUCUACUACAUUCGUAUGUACACUGUCUACGGCACCGCGGCCUUCUACCUGGUGCCCUGGGGCGGCCGCGUAGCCUGGAUCUGCUCCAGCAUCUGCUUGGACAUCAUGAACGUCAUGUGGAUGCACAAGAUCGCCCGCGGCUGCUAUAAGGUGCUGCGCUCGGCACGCCAGAGCAAAGCCGGCGCCGCCCAGGAGAACGGCAAGACGGAUUAAAGGGAAGCAGGGUGUCAGUGGUGAGAAAACGCCACACAACUGUGACAAAAUGAGGUCAUGAGGGAGCAGCAGCUCGGACACUUACUGUAGCUGUCACACCUGGGACGAGUGAUAUCACAGGACCGAAUGUAAUGAGGGAAAAUGGAGUAGCUAAAAUGUACUGAUGGACCGUUGAACUGGCCAUCCCUAAGCCAUGAAAUGACCUCUUAGCAAUACUCGGUGUGCAUGGCCAAUUAUAUUUCUCUUGAACAAUCUACCACUACACAAGAGUCCGUCCUGGGACACUGGACUGCCACAAAUUGUCAAAAAGUUUACCGUUCUUUACUCUACAAAAGACUUUAAAAUGUUUUUGUUUUUUUUAUUAUUAUUAUUACUGCUGCCUGAAUCCCAGAAUAAAUUAGGAUUAUUAUGAUAUGUGAAUCAUGGUGAAGCAAACAUUUGAGGAAGCCUGGAAAACAUGCAGGGAUUCCUCAACGAUGGUCAGGUCCAUAAAAUCAUUGCCGGUUGAGGAGAAGGGUCAAGCAUCUCUUUUUUUCCUCAGUAAAUCUUGAGCUAAAUUUGCAGGGGUUUGACUGACACGAGGGGAUUACAACAGGUGCAAUCACAGAGAAGUAUGGAUAAAUCAGUUCAUCACUCACCCACUCUCAUACAGUUAAGAGGUUCAUUUAAAAAAAACUAGCCAUUUUAAGACGUUUAUUGCAUAUUGUUGAGUCUUGGUUGCAUCUGAAUGGUUGAUUUCUAUAAUGCAAGGGUCGAACGGGCAUCGGUACACUGUAUGUUGUCUUUUGUCUUGCUGGGGUCGAGGCAACGGGCAAUUAAAGAUAAUGUUUUUAUUGAGAGGAUGUACAGUAGAGUACCUUAGAAAUGCUAAAAGGGAAACUGAAUGUCUAUGAUGUGUUUGUACACUGACAUGAAGCAAUGCAAGAACGUACAUUUUGCAUUAAUAAUAUUGAGGUUUUCAUCAGAUAUUUAAAUCCACACGAUUACAUGUUUAUACAACUUGAUAUUUCACAGAAUGGAAAAAGAAAAAUAUCACAUUGCAUAAACAAAGUUGACACUGUUUUGUGGAGCCGUCAUUAUAUUUAUUUCACAUUGUGCAGUGCAUGUAAAGAGGAUGAAACUGACCCGGAGUGCUGAUUUGGAAUCAGUGUCGUAUUAAACAAGACAAAGAGCGACUGUGCUCUGAAAUGUACGUGUAUGCUAAGAGGGUUAGCGGGAGAUCUGACACUCUUCUAGUUUUUCCAGCAUCAGUUGUUGACCUUAGGUUUAUAUAAUAUUCACACUUCCUAUAUUUAUGAUAUCUUUUUUAGGCACAAACUGUUCAAAUGUACCCCAUGGCAACAUUUGCUGACAAGCUGCAUGCUUCUAUGUGUGUUUACCGUGAAGGACAUGAAAUCAUGUACUGAAUUCAAUUCAGUACAUGAUUUCAGUGCGGUCAUUUGACUGAAUUUGUUUCUGCAGAUUUUAGUUUUAUGUUAAAAAAAAAUCAACGACAGCAAUCAGUGUUUCAGAUGGUAAGGGUUUCCGUAUUGUUUAAAAAGCAUUGUGAUACAAAUAGCUUCUGCCUCAUCUUUACAUGUAUGAUUUCCAAUCCGCUGUUAAACAUAACGUGCACUUCCGUAUUUAUAUUCAUCAGAUUGAAACAAGGAUUGUGUUUUAAUUUCUUCAGUGGAUGGGAAUAUAUGGAAAAGUUUAAAUUGUUUUCUUAAGCUUCAUUCUACUGACAAAGCAGUCAAUCAUCGUACAACACUGAGCACGUCGGUACAAAAGGUUUUAAGACAAACGUUCAAAUCGAAAGUCGCGAUUCAUCGAUGAUUUACGUCACAUUGUACUUGAAUUUUCAUUGUAAAUGCAUCUUUAUAUGAACUGUACAUCAUGAGCUUCUGUCAAAUAUUUUGUGAAACAGGGAUUGCCAGUUCUGAAAGUACGCCUUGCUGUGUUCAGAUUUUGUUGCCUUUUUAAAACAACUUAUGAUUGCACACUGAAUAUUUUGUUACAUCCAUGUCUGAUGCCUGUCUAAUGUGAUUGUUUGGCCUUUUCUACUAGUUUCAAAUGUAAAAAAAACAAGAGGCUUGUUAAGGCUGGUUGUUUUAGUGCUUUUGUUUUGUUAUGGUUUUAAAAUUUCAAAGAUUUCCAUAUUUGUGCCAGUGCUUAAGCCAUUGCUACUCCAAAAGACUUCUUUUUUUUUUUUCAUAUCCAUGAGCAUUUUUCAUACAACAGUGCCAACUUGCAACCAUGAUUUGAUCACAGUCACAGUAGGAUGAAUCUCAGUGUAGUUUGGCAUGGUGAAACGGUGUGAAAGACUUCUUUCACUUCCACCAUUGUGUGUUUGGAACAGGAUGGACUUCACUAUCUCACAUCUUAGAGUCAGGAUGUGUUAAUAUCUCACUGGAAUUAAAUGGAAAUCAUGCAAAUGUUUCAGGACAGCAGGCCCCCUUUCUGUUAGAAUCGGGGGUGGCUCUGUAUGCAACGUCAUGCAUGGUCGAUAUGGUCGUCUUCUUCAUGCACCCUCUAUAACUGCAUGUGGUAUUGCAUGGGGAUUGCACCGUAAACAAAAUAGCAUAUACAUUUGCGAGGCAAAUUUUGUUCUUUUUCUUAGUACAUGUACAUAAUGUUUCCUCAAACGUUAUUCUUGUACUGUGCCACUGUUACAUAAUGUAAUCCACAGAUGAUGAUAAUGAUGUGAUGAGGACAUCAUAAAGAAGAUAUUUAGUAUAUAAUAUCCAGCACAGAAAUAAUCAGUAAGGGAAUACUUGAAUACUAAUCAGCACCCGUCUAUAACAAUCUGGGCAGUGCAAAUAAACCUGAGCAUCUUGCGUUCUAUGCGUACCAUUGUCUUUAAUUUAUUAAUCCAAGAGAAGUAGACGUAAAACAAAGCAGAUGCUGUGGUGAUAGAGAGCGAGGUGCUGCUCUCGGCUAGUCAAACUGGUGUUGGUGUUUCUGUUCUGAAUGUUGUAUGGGGGAGAUAUGGGAACUAGGUGGAGUGUUAAGUGACAUUCUAUGAAUGUAUUGGAGAAGAGAAAAAUAUUUGUCAUUUACAUUUUCAUUUGUUCUUUACAAUAAAUACCAAAUUAACUGA